AUGACCUGUGAGGCCGAACGAUUCACCGCUGCAAAUAUUCCUCCUCUUCGUGGCUAUGUGGUGAUCGUAACUGGUGGCAAUGCUGGUAUUGGCUACGAAACAGCCCUCCAACUUGCGCGCCAUGAUGCCCGCGUCUAUAUCGCAAGUCGCUCCGAAGCUAGGGUAAUGGAGGCGAUCGCAAAAAUGCGACGAAUACAACCCUCAGUGGAUGUUCACUUUCUCAAGCUGGACUUGCAAGAUCUCAACAGUGUGAAAGCAGCAGCAGCAGAGUUUGAGAGAAGGGAGACGCGACUGGACAUCCUGAUCAACAACGCCGGAAUCAUGGCUUGUCCGUAUGAGCAUACGAAAGAUGGACAUGAGGUUCAAUGGCAGACCUGCUUCCUUGCUCAUCAUGCCUUCACACUCAGUCUUUUGCCGAUAAUGCGACGGACUGCACAGCAGAGAGGGAGUGCACGGGCUGGAGUUCGGAUCGUGAACGUGUCUAGCGAUGCUGCUCUCUUCAUGGGACCUGACACCAUACAACAUGACGAUACCAAUUUGUCAGGUGUGACCGGAAGUCUAGCUCCGUGGAGGCGGUACAGUCAUUGCAAGAAAGCGAGUAUCAUCGCAGCAAAGGCGAUCAACACCAGAUACGACAAGUACGGUAUCGCAGCAUACUCUCUCCAUCCAGGCGUGAUCAAAACAGGCCUUCAAGCUCAUGAUACAAGCUUCCUAGGCACGAUAACACGCGUGACCAUGAGACUGACGCCUACAUCCACUGUCGAAGAGGGUGCACGUAAUUCUCUGUUUGUCGCCACUAGUCCUUUGGUCACGGAUCAUGGCGGUAAAUUUUAUGGUCCUGUCGGAAAGCUGAACCAUCGAGCAGAGAAAUUAACCAGUGACCCAAAGACUGCAGACAUGUUGUGGGACUUGGCGGAUCGUCAGCUGAGGGACCACGGAUUUGCGUUCGAUCAUUGA